AUGAGCGGUUCAACACUUGCACAGAUCGUUCCUCGUAUAGUUCUGAUGUCUGAUCGAGCAGAUAAAUCAAAACCGAUCACGAAGGUAUCGACAGCAACAUCAGAAAAGUCGGCAUCGAAGAUUCAAGCGGCUUUUCGAACGCAUCAAGCUCGAUUGAAGUUAAAAAACCAAGCAGCAUGGCAAAUUCAUGAAAAACUCGAAUAUUCCAGUGAACAAACAGAAGCUAAAUUGAAAGAUCUAUUCGAUAAAUUACUCAAAGCAUCAGAUAUACUUUCACCAUCGGUAACGAAAUUACUUCAAAAAGCCGGAUUACCUGUAGAAGAACAAGAACUUUUACGUUUAACGAAUCCGGAUAGUGUUCAAGUCGAGAGUAGUUAUCAAGGACCACGUGUCGAUGGUCAAAUAACGAGACAAACAUUCAUAGAUUUAAUCGAAGCAUUUCGACACGGCCAAGUUUUACACGAAAAAUAUGUUUAUUUAAUUCUUCACCAAGCACGUGCCAUUCUCAAAACAUUGCCUAAUUUCAAUCAUGUUGAUCUAUCCAAUCUGAAACACGUGUACAUUAUCGGUGAUCUUCAUGGACAAUUAGCUGAUUUACUGUAUAUCUUCAACACAAAAGGUUUACCGGCAGCCGAUAACGCCUACGUAUUCAAUGGUGAUUUCGUCGAUCGAGGUCAGAAUUCUGUCGAAGUUAUUCUUUUACUGCUGGUCGCAUUGAUUCUGUAUCCAAGUUCACUUUUUCUCAACCGAGGUAAUCAUGAAGACAUCAUGGUCACAGUUCGAUAUGGUUUUCAAAAUGAAGUGCAUCAGAAAUACGGCAAACGUAAAGGGCACUUACUUGAUCUAUUCAAAGAUAUAUUUAGUUGGCUACCAUUGUAUUCAUAUGUCGAUGCAGGAAAAGCGAAAUUAAUCGUUGUACACGGAGGAAUCUCUGAUCGGAUUAACUUGAAGAAAAUCAAUUCUGCGACGAGAAAUCGAUAUAUUUCCAUUGAAGUGCCACCGGAAUCCAAAAACGGUGGAAAACGUUUGACUGAAGAGGAAGAUCAAGAAUACCGCCAAAUUCAAGAUUUAUUUUGGAGUGAUCCGGACCCACACGGUCGAUCGGGUUGUCGCAAAAAUGACGCAAGAAAAAUGGCGUGUUUCUUUGGUCCAGAUAUCACCGAUCAAUUUCUUAAACGAUACAAUCUCGCGAUGCUCAUUCGUUCGCAUCAAGUUAAACAAGAAGGAUAUGAAUUCACACACGAUGGAAAAGUUUUAACAGUUUUCAGUGCAUCUAAUUAUUGUGGCGGAUCGAACUGGGGUGCGAUUAUUCGCUGGGAUUACAAUGAUGACGAACCUUGCAUUAUAUCGUUCAAAACUUUAGCAGUGGAAAUGAAUAAGCUAAGUUUCAAUAAGAAGGUGACCUUAUUCGAAGAUCCGGCAUACCACGCAUUGGUAGAAAAGAUCAUGUCUCAUAAAAACUUACUUCGAAAAGAAUUUGAAAAAGCAGACGAAAAUAAAACUGAUCAUUUACCAUUGACUACCUGGGCGGAUAUCAUGACCCAAGUGCUUCAACUUGAUCUGCCUUGGCUUACUUUGCGUGGAAAAAUUGUCUAUGAGGAUUCGCAAGGUAUUGCAUACAAAACAAUGUUCGAAGAUUAUAUCUUGGACAAUUCCAAGUUUCAAAUGUCGAAUACUGGUAUAAUGGAAGAUUUGUACAAGUGGAAAGAUAUGCUGUUGAUCUUGUUUAAUUUGAUUGAUUAUAACCAUUCCGGUUUUAUCAGUCGUAACGAAUUCGCCGAUGUGAUCAAACUUUUACUUCAUGGCGAACAUGGAAAUGGUGAGGUGAACCAAGCCUAUGUCGAUGAACUUUGUUCAGCAAUGGAUUUCGAUAAAAAUGGAAAGAUUGAUAUGAAUGAAUUUCUCGAAAGUUUUCGUAUUGUUCACGUGAAGAAGCCAACAGCCAAAGCAAAAUUAUCUAAUGGAAAUAAUACACUGAAAAUUCCAGAUUCAUCUAGUAGGAGGCCAAGUAUGGAUGGGUCGAAGAGACGAGAUAGUAUUGACACGUCGGGAAGAAGACCAAGUAUUGAUACAUCCGGAAGAAGACCAAGUAUUGACACGUCCGGACGAAGACAAAGUAUGGAUUUGUCUGGAAGACGACCAAGUACGGAUGCAGGUAGUCGAAGACAAAGUAUCGAUAUGUCAGGGAAAAGACCGAGCGUAGAUCACUCUGGGAGAAAUCUAAGUAUCAAAUAA